AUGGUUUAUUUACCAUUGCCAGGCGGCAAGUGGCAGCUUUUCUGCUUAAUAGUGACGAAUUCUGUAUCCAUGGCACACUUCGGCUACGACCAAGGAGUCUUUGCCGGAGCCUUAAUAUCGGCUGAUUUCCUCGAGACGUUUCCAGAAACGAAGGAUCCACGUAUCUCGGGCAUUACAUCCAGUUGUUUCUCGCUCGGUGCUUUCUUCGGCUGCCUUGCAGCGUUCUUACUUGGCGAUAGGUUAGGGCGUAAGAAGUCUGUCUUCGUUGGGCUCGUUGUCAACAUUAUUGGAGCGGUCUUGCAGAUUGCAGCUUACCAUUUACCUCAGAUGAUCGUGGGCCGCCUUUUCAAUGGAUUCGGCAUGGGUAUUACGUCCUCGACUUGCCCCGUGUUCAUGGCCGAGACAUCACCUUCUCGCAUUAGAGGCAAACUUGUCAUUAUAGGCUCCCUAUGCAACACAGUGGGAUUCUGCAUAGCGAACUGGAUGAGCUACGCCCUCUUUGACAAUAACGGCCCAUUCCAGUGGCGAUUUCCCUUAGCGUUUCAGCUUGUUUUCCCAAUUAUCGUUUUAGCGUUUCUGCCGCUUACAGUCGAGUCACCCCGCUGGCUACUACUUCGCGAAAGAUUCGAGGCAGCCCGAGCAGCACUCGGCCGAGUACGAGGGACAACGCAUAACCUUGACGAUAAGGACUUGAACGACGAUCUUGUUUCCAUUCAGAAAGCACUCGAGAAAGAACAAGCGGUUCGCGUACCUAUGAGAGACGCUCUCCUCUGCCGAGACCCAUCGCGGAAUAUUCGCCGUUUGCUGCUAAGUUGUGGGACGCAGUUGAUGCAACAGUUCAGUGGCGUCAACGCUCUAGGUUAUUACCUUCCCACCCUCUUGAUCGAAUCAGUCGGAGUCUCGAGUUCCUAUGCAAGGUUACUGGCCGCUGCUAAUGCAAGCCUAUACUUGGGAGCGGCUCUUUCAUGCUUAUUCCUAAUUGACCUAGUCGGAAGGCGAAAGCUGAUGAUGUACGGCUCUAUAGCAACUGGGUCCUGUUACCUAAUUGCCGCAGUUACGUUGAGAGAGGCGAUACUCCACCCGGAACAGAAGGUAGCUCUAGGGAAAGUUACUGUCGCCAUGUUCUUUCUCUACUACUUCUGUUAUGGAACUAGUUUCGCCAAAGUCCCUUGGGUCUACAACUCGGAGAUCAACAGUCUCGGGUGGCGUACAAGAGGAGCCGCCGCUGCCACCGCGACGAACUGGAUGUGCGGGUUCGUCAUCGUACAGUUUACGAAAGUCGGUGUGGAUAACCUUGGAUGGGGAUUCUACCUUCUCUUCGCUGGAUUCUGCUGGUCGUUUCUACCAAUUGUCUUCCUCUUCUAUCCGGAAACCUCACGUCGAACACUCGAAGACAUGGACGAAAUAUUCAAACAUAAUUUCAGCAUAUUUGUCUUCAAAGAUAAGGCUCUCACGCAGCGAAGUCGCCCACAAGAGCUUAUAGAAGCUGAACGGAGAUGUAUCGUUGAGGCACUCGAGUCUACACAAGAGGCCCCAGGUGCUUGAGAAGAAUGGCAUUUCAUUUAGCAGUCAAUACCUAAUUAUACAUGACGUGUUUCUCGAGUCAUAGAAUACGAUAUAGCUACAUCGAAUUAGACAGAAUGAUAUCUCUUUGCUAUCUGCUUCUGGGGGCUCUGCGCCGUGUCAUACUACUGUAUUUCCGCCACAAUGGACAGUGUGGGGGUCGGGUUGACGUUCAAUACACUUCAGUCAUUGCGACUAGCACUCUACCUUAAGCAAUGGACAUAUGACCAGAUAUAUUCAAUGUUACAGUCGAUCUCCAUGGAAAGCUUUCGGGAUAUAUCUGCUUAGAUACUUAGGUGGUCAUAAACGACCUUAGACUUUGCCAUCGCUUACCCUUUCCGCGUGACUACAUAUGCGUGUUAGAGAUAGUGACGGCAGCUAACGUAGC